UCUUUCUGAAACAAGUCUGAACUAUUAAUUGUCUUCACACAAAAUAAUGGACAAUACAUGUUUCUAUUUCUUCACGGACACGCUGUUUUAGUUGACUCCAAAACUGAAUAUUCCACACUAUAUGCUAAUUCCAUUUAUACUUAAAUCAUAUUAUUAGUAUAUAUAAUUAAUGCACAAGAUUGCAUCAAAGUGUGUGGUUCAGAUACUCAAAAGGGUCUUUGAGUUUUGAAGAAAAAUGGGUUUUCUUCAUAGUUUAUUAUUAGCUUUAUGUUUGGUUUUGAAUUUGGUGUUUGUGUGUAAUGGAGGCAGAACUAGUACUUUUGUUAGGAAAGUUGAGAAGACCAUUGAUAUGCCACUUGAUAGUGAUGUUUUUGAUGUUCCUUCUGGUUAUAAUGCUCCCCAACAGGUUCAUAUAACACAAGGUGAUCAUGUGGGGAAAGCAGUGAUCGUAUCGUGGGUGACUGAGGAUGAACCAGGCUCGAACGCAGUGCGUUACUGGAGUAAGAACAGCAAGCAGAAGAGGCUAGCUAAAGGGAAAAUUGUUACUUAUAGAUUUUUCAAUUACACUUCUGGUUUUAUCCAUCACACUACUAUUAGGAAUUUAGAGUACAAUACCAAAUAUUAUUACGAGGUUGGACUCGGGAACACAACAAGGCAGUUUUGGUUUACAACUCCUCCUGAAAUCGGUCCUGAUGUGCCAUACACAUUUGGUCUAAUAGGGGAUCUUGGUCAGAGCUAUGAUUCAAACAAGACACUUUCUCACUACGAAUUGAACCCAACAAAAGGACAAACAGUGUUGUUUGUUGGAGAUCUCUCAUAUGCAGAUAACUACCCGAAUCAUGACAAUGUUAGGUGGGAUACUUGGGGAAGAUUUGCAGAAAGGAGCGUUGCUUAUCAACCGUGGAUAUGGACUGUUGGAAACCAUGAACUUGAUUUUGCUCCAGAAAUUGGAGAAACAAAACCAUUCAAGCCUUACUCGCACCGAUACCGUACUCCUUACAAAGCAUCGCAAAGUACCUCGCCCUUUUGGUAUUCUAUCAAGAGAGCUUCAGCUCACAUCAUUGUGUUGGCUUCAUAUUCAGCAUAUGGAAAAUAUACACCACAAUACAAAUGGCUUGAACAGGAGCUACCAAAAGUUAACAGGACAGAAACUCCUUGGUUGAUUGUUCUCAUGCAUUCACCUUGGUAUAAUAGCUACAAUUAUCAUUACAUGGAAGGGGAAUCAAUGAGAGUAAUGUAUGAGCCAUGGUUUGUUAAGUACAAGGUUGAUGUCGUGUAUGCUGGCCAUGUCCACGCCUAUGAACGUUCUGAACGUGUGUCCAAUGUUGCAUAUAAUGUUGUAAAUGGUAUUUGCACUCCUAUAAAAGAUCAAUCAGCUCCUGUAUACAUAACCAUUGGAGAUGGAGGGAACCUUGAAGGCUUAGCAACCAACAUGACAGAACCACAACCAGAGUACUCAGCAUACAGAGAGGCCAGCUUUGGACAUGCCAUUUUUGACAUAAAGAACAGAACACAUGCUCACUACAGCUGGCAUAGGAAUCAAGAUGGUUACUCUGUUGAGGCUGAUUCUCAUUGGUUCUUCAACAGAUUUUGGCACCCAGUUGAUGAUUCCACAACUCAUGUUUCCCAUUAACACGUUGAUGUUAAGCAAUAAAGUCAUAUGAUUAUGUAAUUAUUGUUUGUGGGUCAAUACCACCAACAAUUAUGAUUAUCAUAAUCAUUACCUUUCAUUUUACUUUGUAUCACUGUUAUAUAACUGCAAAGGAAGAAGUUUCAUUUGUAAUUUGUAAUUUUCUUUUUGUUGUAAUAACUAUAUAGAUGCAGAUAGGAACCCCAAAAUGAAAUCCUAUACCUCAGACCUAUGGCUCCUAAUUCUUUAUUUAUCAACCUUACCGCUUUGCUAAGGGUGCAACCAACAAGUAGAAACAUUGUGUCCAA